AUUUUGAAUAUAAAUAUGAGACACGAGCGGAGACUCCUCAGAGAAUUUUGGGAUCCAAGGUUUGUGCAUCAAAAGAGAAGAGAAACUUAUUGCUUGUUCAAGUUGCAGAAGCAGAGGAUGAAGUUCUGGGUUUUUUUCUUGGUUUUUCUCUUCACCUUGCUGAAUGACGUUCCUGUCGUAAAGCCAAGCAAAUGCUCCCGUCCUCUAACCAAGAAURCUGGUUCGUUCAGAAGUCCUCGGCAUUAUKGGCGCCGGCAAGUCCGCUACCCUGAUAACUCAAAGUGUAACUGGCAURUUGCUUUGCCGAGUGGAGGAAAUGUCACGAUUAAGUUUACGAAAUUCCAUACGGAAGCCUGCUGUGAUUACGUCAGAAUUAACAAUGAAAAAGGCGAUCUGAUUGGUCAGUACAGUGGCUUUAGGAGCAACUUUUCCGUAACGGUCACAGCUACUGAAGCAAGUCGAGUGGACAUCACCUUUACAUCUGACCGGUCAGUGUCAGGACCUGGAUUUGAAGCUUACUAUAUUGUUCAUGGUAAACCAGUCAACCGUUCCCGUGCUGUGUGCAAACAACUGCCUGACCCUGGCAAUUGUCUUCAACGGACCAUAGGGAGAUACUACUAUAGUAGCAGAGCUGAUGCUUGCCGUCAGUUCUACUACGGAGGGUGUGCUGGAUAUGGAAAUAUGGUGCAAGAAGCUUUGUGUUAAGCGUAAACCACUGUGUCCACCUGGCCAACGUAUCGUUUAUUGCUUUGCCGACCCUUGUGGAGUAAAUAAAUGCC